GGGAGGACGGUGGGAGGCCAGGCUGUGAGCUGCAGGGGAGGGGCUCAGCUGGGUUUCCACGAAGCUGGGACUUCUGAGCUGUUUGCAAUUUCACUUUCCAGAAAAUGAAACUGAAGCGGACAGUGGUCAUGUGACCGGCGGCUGGGAAUAAAGGCAGCGCUUCCUCGACUCGCGCUUCCAGCUCCGCAGGCGCCGGCGGCAUGGAGUGUCCUUCCUGCGGCCAUGUCUCCAAAGAGGACGCCCCCAAGUUCUGCUGCGAGUGUGGGCGCAGGCUGCCCCCCGCUCCCGACUCUGAGAAUGACCCGAAGGCAACAUCGGUGACCGAGGGGGAGAAGGAGAGCGGACAGGAGCUGAAGGAGGAAGAUGACCCCCAGGCGACAUCGGUCCCCGAGGGGGAGGAGAGCGGACAGGAGCUGAAGGAGGAAGAUGACCCCCAGGCGACAUCGGUCCCCGAGGGGGAGGAGAGUGGACAGGAGCUGAAGGAGGACGGGGCCCCCCAGGCUACAUCGGUCCCUGAGGGGGAGGAGAGUGGACAGGAGCUGAAGGAGGACGGUGACCCCCAGGCGACGGUGCCCGAUGGGGAGAUGGAGAGCGGACAGGAGCUGAAGGAGGACGGUGGCCCCUCCUCAUCGCUGGACUCCAGUGACCAGCAGGCAGAGCUGGCCCAGCCCAGCUCCCAGUCCUGGAAAAGCCAAAAAAGCAAAAGGAAGAAGCAGAAGAAAAAGAACCAAAAGGCGUCCCUUUCCAAAGGGCUGGAGUCCCUGCCCGCCUCCCCCUCCACGCCUGGUAGCCUCCAAUCGCUGGCAGACCCUGGGGUCCAGGACGCAGCCCCGCCCCAGAGCCCCGCUCAGCAGGGCGGGCCCCCCAGCCAGCCGCCGGGCGGAGGGUGUCCGCAGGGCCGGGCCGCUGGGGCCGCAGGGGCCGCAGGGGCCGCCUCGGCAGGAGGGUCUCCAGGCAGCGCAGCACCCCAGGACCAGACCCCAGGAGGUGCCCCCCCAGGAGGGAAGGACCAGGAGGGGGCCGGGCCCCCCGCCUCUGCCAGUGGGAAGGAGGGCGCUGCCCAGGAGCUCCCGCCGCCCACGCCGCAGGGGGACCCCUCGGAGCCCAGGAAUGAGCCGCGCGCCAUGGGGCAGCAGGCUGCGCCCCCCGCUUCCGGGGCGACUGAUGCAGCAGCCGAGCUGGUGGAGCCAGCGGAGGGGACUGAGGUCCAGAGUGAGACGCAGAAAGCGAAGCAGAAAGCGAAGCCGCCCGGCGCCCCUGCCAGCGCCCCUGCCGCCCCCGAGCACGGCCAGGAAGCUGAACCCAAAGGCAAGGCUGCCGUUUCUGGCGAGAAAGCCAAGCCGGGAGACGUGAAGAAGCCCGACCGGGGCCACAGGGGCGACGCGGCCACCCCGAAGGGCAAGGGGGGCCAGAAGGAGCUGAAAGCCGACACGCAGGAGGUGCCGAGCAGCCCCCUGAGCCCCGGCGAGGGCGUCACGGUGUUCUUCCACGCCAUCCUCUCCAAGGACUUCAGCUUCGACCCCGACCAGCACCGGCUGUUCAUCCGGGGCGGAGAAGAGCUGGGGGCGCCAGGAUGGAGCCUCAACGUGUGCGAGCUGCACGUCGCCAAAGUCCUGGACCCGCACGGGGUCCUCGUGGAAGGCAGCGCCGUGCUGCCCAAGCGGCUGCUGGACCGGCCCGCGCCCUACAAGUACGUGGUCGUGAAGGGCAAGGAGGCCACGCUGUACGAGUUCAUCUACAAGCAGCAGGACAAGGAGAGCAAGCAGCACGUCAACCGCUGCCUGCACCUGCGGUCGGCGCUGCUGGGCUCCGGAGACUGGCACCAGUAUGACGACAUUAUUUGCAAGCGGCCCGAAGGGAAGCUCCGGGAAAUCAGGGAUUACUUUCUGCGCCAUUUCGUGGACCAGAUGAAGAAGAACGUGAAAGGGAAGCAGCUGGCAGCCUCCAUCAUGCUGGACCGCGUCCUCAGCGUCCUGCAGCCCUGGAGCGCCGUCAACCUGAGCAGCUUCUUCACGCAGUUCCGCCAGUUCUCCUCCGUGGUCAGCGAGCCCAUGGUCUAUGAGGCGCAGGCGCAGCCCUGGACCUCCCUGAACUACCCCAAGGAGCAGGUGAGGGCGCACCUGUGGGAGUGUUUGCAGAAGCAUAUGGCGCCGUUCCUGGAGAGGCGCGAGGACACUCUGCCCCCGGACGCCCCCGUGAGGAGGAAGCUGAGGAUGGGCCUGAUUGCCCUGCACGUGGCUGAGGAGCUGGAGCUCCCGCUCUCGGGGCACGACCUGGGCGCCCUGUGUGACCUCCUGUGCGCCAGCGCCAGCUCCGCCCGCGACCUCCUCGACGACCUCAGCCUCAUCUUUGAAACACAUCAGAGGUGGCGAGAGUACCUGCUGAGGCUGUGCCGCAGGAGCAUGGAGCUGGACGUGGGCUCCUGGGUGGGCAUCCUGCCCGUGCUCCACCUCUGCGCGGGGCCGCGCCCCCCGUCCCGGCAGCCCGGGACUCAGCCCGAGGACAUCUGGGCGGCCCUGGAGGGAAUCCCCUUCUCGGAGUUCCGGCGGAAAAGGGCACAUGAGAAGGAGCGCUUGCUCCAGUUCAUGGUGGGGAAGAAGCACCUGCUGGAUGCGGACGAGGCCCUGUUCCGGUCCUGGUUCAGCCUGCUGCCGCUGGGCGGCCUGGCCGCCUACCUGCAGGAGUUCACCGACCACCUGACUCGCUUUCCGGCGCGCGUCCUGGACUGUCUGCAGGGCACCUGCUACCGGCUGCAAGGACUCAAGGACGCCCGCCUCGGAGACCUGCAGGCCGUUGACCUGACGCUGACAAUGCUGCUGCACCUGCUGGACAUGUUUCAGGACCAGGUCCUCGAGGCGCCCUCGGUGCCGUCCUACCUCACCGUGUGCCUGAAGCUGCACGAGGCCGUCUGCGGACUUGCCAAAGGCACAAUGACUUACCAGCUGCCCGAACUGCCCGCCUUGUCCGCGGAGAUCGUCUGCCGCGUCAUCAGGCUGAAAACGGUGGCGGACUCCGCAGAGGCGCAGGGCAGCGACUCGGGAACCAGGACCUCCGUGAGGGGCGUGGUCCAGGGAGCCCUGAGCACCACAAGGGCGUGGCUCGAAGGGACCUUCAAGCAGAAGAUGUUCAGCAGCUCCUAUGCCGCAUCCGUCAGGUUCACCUACAGCGAGGAGAUCCAGGUGAGGCGGCGGCUGGUGGAGAUCCCCUUCCCCGAGGAGCACGGCUGGAAGGCGACCUUGCUGGGGGACCUGGCGGCGCGGCUCAAGCAGGAGUCGCCGCGCACGCAGAUCUCCGCCUACUGCAGCUCCGACUGGGCGGCCGCGGGCACCGACGACAGCGUGUCCAGGUGCUUCGAGAACUGCGUCAUCGAGGCCGUCAGCUCAGCCUGCCAGUCGCAGCUCAGCGUCCUGGAGGGAGUCUCUCACAGCGACCUGCGGAGGUUCGGGACCCUCGUGUCCGCUGUGGUCACCAAGUCCUGGCCCAGGCGCCACGGGGAGGCCGUGGACGACCUGGCGGAGGUGCUGAGGUACCUGCUCACGUGGCCAGACGUCACGCAUCUCUUCAAGCUCUACGGCACCAACGAGAAGGUCUUGGCGCACAUCACAGAGGAAGGCAAGAAGCUGAUGGCGACGGCCGACUCGGUCUUCACCAAGGUGGCCGAGGACCUGCUCGACGGCGCCGUGCUGGUGGGGCAGCUGGAGCUGAUCUGGAGUCACAGGGCGCGGUUUCUUGACAUCUGGGAGCUGAAGAGAAAAAGUUUUUCGCCGCAGGAGAAAAAACAUGAUAUGAAGAAAGUGCUGGACUACAGGUGGGAGGAGCUGCAGUUCCUGCAGGAGGAGCGGCGCCGGGUGGACAGCCUGCUGAAGCUGUGCGAGGCGGCCAAGCGCUGGGUGGCAGUGGACUGCGGAGAGAUCGCCAAGAGACACGCGGAGGACCUGGGCGGGAAGCGCCUGAACGAGGCGGUGAUGGCGCGGCUGUCCCCCACCUCCGGCGCCAUGGAGAGGGUGACGCACUACAACCUGAGCGCCCGCGUCGGAGAAAUGGCCGCGAGGGUGGACUCGCUCAAGGACAGCCACAUCUUCCGGACCUUCUGGGCAGAGGCCGCCCGGGCGGAGGGCACGCAGGAGGAGGGGGAGGAGGAGGCGGGGUCGGGGCCGCUCCUGGACAUGGAGGAUGCCUAUGCCGCCCUGUACCAUCCCUGCCUCGCCAAGUUCAGGAAGCUGUACGAGGACCUGAAGGCCGGCGAGCUCACCUUCGGGGAAGUGCGCGCCAUCUUCAGCGACUUCGUGGAUAAAUACGAGGACCUCGCUUCUGACCUCCGCGUCAUGCGGGCCCUGGACCCCAGCGACCCAGGGAGUUGGAUCCAGGAGCGAGUGGGGCAGGUCAGGGAGUACCAUCACCUGCAUCGGUCUGCCAGGGCGGCCAGGGUCAUCUUGGAGGUCAAAGAGGCCUUGGGACUGACCGGGGACUUCAGUCUUCUCGACUUUGUACUAAGAAUUACCAACGCCUUCGAGAACUCUCGCGGUGAAAAACUGGGCCAGAUCAACAAGCAGGUCAUCCUUGCCAUCAAGCUGCUGCGGGACCUGGACGAGGCCCGGUGCCAGUGUCUGCAGGAGCUGGUCCUGGCCAUGGAGUUCGUCCACUGGGUCCGCGAGGCUGUCGAAGGGGUCAACGAGCUGAAGGUGUUUGUGGACCUGGCGUUCAUCUUCGCGGGGGAGAAUGACAUGGACGUGGACCGCGUGGCCUGCUUCCACGACGCCGUCCAGGGCUACAGCUCUCUGCUCUACAAGCUGGACGCGAGCCAAGGUUUCCAGGAGCUCUCGGGACACCUGAAGGAGCUGUGGAAGGCACUGGACAAUGACCCGCACCUGCCCAGUAAGCUGCGGGACUCCGCCCGGAACCUGGGGUGGCUGAAGACGGUGAAGGAGAGCCACGGCUCAGUGGAGCGCUCGUCCCUGACACUGGCCAGAGCCAUCAACAGCAAGGGCACCUAUGUGAUCCAGGCGCCCGCCGAGGGCCAGCAGAUCUCCCCAGACGCAGUUCUACGUUUACUCCUCCCCGAGAGCCACAAGGGCCGCCAGGAGCUGCGCAGUUACUCCCUGGAGGAGCUGAAGGAGCUGAUGAACAAGCUGAUGCUCAUGUCGGGCAAGAAAGACCACAACAGUGCUGACGUGGAGGAGUUCUCCGAGGUGUUCUGCAACGUGCAGAGGCUGGUGCAGGCCUUCCUGAACCUGUACUCGGCCGGGAGCUUCCUGUUCCGGGCCUGGAAGGUGCAGGUGCACUGCGGCCAGCCCGAGCCUGUGCGCAUGCACUUCCCGCUGCCGCUGCUGAAGCCGCUGCAAGGGCGCGCGCCCCUGGCCCCGCUGCUGGAGGCGCUGUGCCGGCGGAUGGAGCGCUUCUCGGACCAGUGGGAGGCGGUCGUGGCGCAGCAGCGAGAGGAACACUUUUACCUCAACUACUACACGGCCGAGCAGCUGGUGCGCCUGAGUGCGGAGCUGGCGCGGCCGACGCCCGGGGCCACCGCCCUGGCCAUGCUGUCCUUCAUCAAACGCCAGUGCACCCCGCGGGACGUCGCGGAGGCCUUCAGGGACCCCCAUGGCGACGGCGGGGCCGCCACGCACAAGCUGCAGACAGUGAUGGAGAGAUUGCCCAUCCUGCUCCUCAGCGAGCCCAGUCUGGUGGACAAGCUGGGGGUCAUCAUGGAACAGUUCCUGGGGUGCAUGCGUGCCUUCCUGCCUCACUGCCUGGACCUCGAGGCCCUGGGCCGUGGCCUGGCGCGCCUGGCGGCCAGGGGUGGGCCCCCCGUGACGCGGAGGCUCCCCAAAGGCCUGCGGGCCGGCCAGCCCAACCUCAUCGUCUGCGGCCACUCGGACGUGCUGCCGGCCGCCCUGGCCAUCUACAUGCAGAGCCCGGAGCAGCCGCUGCCCACCUACGACGAGGUGCUGCUGUGCGCGCCGGGCACCGCGUUCGAGGAGGUGGCGCUGCUGCUGCGCCGCUGCCUGAGCCCGGGCGCCCCCGGCCGCCGCGUGUACAGCCUGCUGUUCGCCGACCAGCUGGGCUACGAGGUGGCCCGCCGGGCGGAGGCGCUGCUCCAGGCCCUGCGCACCGGGCCGCACCGGGAGGACUUCCAGCUCGUCCUGGUCUGCGACAGCGAGCGGGAGCACUGCUACCUGCCCUCGGCCUUCAGCCAGCACAGGGUCCCCGCCACCCCCCAGGUGCUCCCCGAGGCCGCCCGAGCCUACCUGGCGCAUCACUACCAGGUCCCCCGGGGGACCCCGUCGGCCGCCGCCGCCUUCAGGGACCGGAUGUGUGUGGGGAUCGUGGCCUCGGCGAGAGCGGGUGUCGGAAAGUCUCUCUACGUGAAGCGAUUGCACGAAACUCUGCAAAGGAAGUUUCCUAGGAAGGAAGUGCCUCUCAAAGUAAUUCGCUUGAUGGACCCACAGGUGGAUGAGAGCCAGGUCCUGGGCGCCCUGCUGCCCUUCCUGGACCCCAAGUGUCAGACGAGCCCCGCGAUGUUCCACCUGGACGUGACCUCCUCGGUGCAAGCUGGGGUCUGGACGUUUCUCUUCAAGCUCCUGGUGCUGCAGCACUUAAUGGACUCAAACGGGAAAAUGUGGCUCCGGAGCCCGAGCCACUUAUACGUCAUCGAAAUCCUGGAAGGGCACUCGGCACCGCCUACGAGGCCUUCCAAGCUGAGGACACGCGCCCCCCAGUUUAGUCUGCUGGACGUCUUCCCCAAGGUCACCUGCCGGCCCCCCAAAGAAGUGAUGGAAAUGGAGCUGAGCCCCGAGCAGCACUGCAGGGAGCCGGGCAUGGACCCCGCCGAGUUCUGCAGCGAAACCUUCCAAAGACCUUUCCAGUAUCUGAAGCGGUUCCAUCAGAGUCAGAACCUGGACAUGUUCCAGUACCAGAAGGGCCAGGUGGAGGGCACCCCCCAGGAGUGCCUGCAGCACCUGCUCUUGUACUGCGGAGUGCUCGACCCGUCCUGGGCGGAGCUGCGCAACUUCGCCCGCUUCCUCAACUGCCAGCUCAGGGACUGCGAGGCCUCCAUCUUCUGCGACCCCGUGGCGGUCGGGGACACGCUGCAGGGCUUCAAGAACUUCGUGGUGACCUUCAUGAUCUGCAUGGCGAGAGACUUCGCCACCCCGACGCUGCGCAUGUCGGACCAGAGCCCCGGGAAGCACGCGGUCGCCAUGGACGGGGUCACCGAGGAGGACAUCGCCCCGUUCUCUCUCCGCCGGAGAUGGGAGUCGGAGCCCCACCCGUACCUGUUCUUCAACGGGGACCGCAUCUCCAUGACCUUCAUCGGCUUCCACCUGGAGCCCACUGAGAAGGGCACCUUCGACGCCGUGGACCCCGUGAACAAGAGGGUGAUCAAGAGGGACGUGCUGACGAAGGAGCUGUACCAGGCGCUGCUGCUGCAGGGCGUGCCCUUCAACGUGGACUUCGACGCGCUGCCCCGGCAUGAGAAACUGGAGCGGCUCUGCCUGGCGCUGGGCGUCCAGUGGCCGGUGGACCCCGACGAAACCUACGAGCUCACGACGGACAACAUGCUGAAGAUCCUGGCCGUGGAGAUGCGCUUCCGCUGCGGGAUCCCCGUCAUCGUCAUGGGGGAGACGGGCUGCGGGAAGACCCGGCUCAUCCGCUUCCUCAGCGAGCUGCGGCGCGGGGGCGCCGACGCCGAGACCCUGCAGCUGGUCAAGGUCCAUGGCGGCACGAGCGCAGACAUGAUCUACGGCAAAGUCCUGGCAGCGGAAGCCCUCGCCCAGCUCAACAGCAGUGAACACGGGCUGGACACUGUCCUGUUCUUCGACGAGGCCAACACCACGGGCGCCAUCAGCUGCAUCAAGGAGGUGCUGUGCGACCGCACGGUGGGCGGCCAGCCGCUGGCCGAGGACUCGGGCCUGCACGUCAUCGCGGCCUGCAACCCCUACCGGAAGCACUCCCCGGAGAUGAUCGCCCGCCUGGAGGCGGCCGGGCUGGGCUACCGGGUGCGCGCGGAGGACACGGCGGACCGGCUGGGCUCCAUCCCGCUGCGGCAGCUGGUGUACCGCGUGCACGCGCUGCCGCCCAGCCUGGUGCCCCUGGUGUGGGACUUCGGGCAGCUGAACAACACCACGGAGAGGAAGUACAUCCAGCAGAUCGUGCGGAGGCUGGUGGGCGACACCCCCAUCGGCCCCGGCGACGCGCGCGUCAUCGCCGACGUGCUCUACGCCUCCCAGUGCUUCAUGCGGAGACGGGAGAACGAGUGCAGCUUCGUCAGCCUGCGGGACGUGGAGCGCUGCGUGCGCGUCUUCCGCUGGUUCUACGACCACAGCGCGAUGCUCCUGUCCAAGCUGCCCGCCUUCCACGGCGGGCCCGGCGGCGACAGCCCCGAUGACUCCGACGCCGAUUCAGACGCUGACUCCGACGCCGAGAGAGGCCCGGUGCUCUGGGCGCUGGUGCUGGCCGCCGGGGUGUGCUACCACGCCUCCCUGGAGAAGCAGGACGCCUACCGCCGAGCCAUCUGUGCGCUCCUCCCGCCGCCCUACGACAGCAGCAAGGCCGUGCUGGACGCCAUCACGCGGACACAGGACCUCUUCCUGGAGGGCGUGUCUCUGAGGAAAACCGUCGCCAAGAAUCUGGCCUUGAAGGAGAACGUCUUCAUGAUGGCCGUCUGCAUCGAGCUGAAGAUCCCGCUCUUCCUGGUGGGCAAGCCCGGCAGCUCUAAAUCUCUCGCCAAGACCAUCGUGGCGGACGCCAUGCAAGGCCCGGCCGCCCCCUCGGAGCUCUUCCGGAGCCUGAAGCAGGUCUACCUGGUGUCGUUCCAGUGCAGCCCGCACUCCACCCCGCAGGGCAUCGUGGGCACCUUCAAGCACUGCGCCCGCCUGCAGCAGGGCCGGGACCUGGAGCAGUACGUCUCCGUGGUGGUGCUGGAUGAGGUGGGCCUGGCCGAGGACUCUCCCCAGAUGCCCCUCAAGGCCCUGCACCCGCUGCUGGAAGACGGGUGCAUCGAAGACGACCCCGCCCCCCACAAGAAGGUGGGCUUCAUCGGCAUCUCCAACUGGGCCCUGGACCCCGCCAAGAUGAACCGGGGCAUUUUCGUGUCCCGCGGCAGCCCCAACCAGAGGGAGCUCAUCGAGAGCGCCCGGGGGAUCUGCGCGUCCGAGCCCCUCGUGCAAGAGAGAAUCCAAGCGUACUUCCGGCCCUUGGCCAGCGCGUACAAGGCGGUGUGUGCGAAGCAGGACAAGGAGUUCUUCGGGCUCCGAGACUACUACAGCCUCAUCAAAAUGGUCUUCGCCGCCGCCCAGGCCUCCAACAGGAGGCUCUCCCCCCGCGACAUCGCGCAGGCCGUGCUCCGGAACUUCAGUGGCAAAGACGAGAUCCAGGCCCUGGACAUCUUCGCUGCCCACCUGCCCGAGGCGAAGCUCCCCGAGGAGGUCAGCACCCUGCAGCUGAUCCAGCAGAACCUGUACCGCGACCCCCGGAGGGCGCCGGGCGCGGGGCCGGGAGACCCCGAGUCCCGCUACCUGCUGCUGCUGACCAGGAACUACGUGGCCCUGCAGAUCCUGCAGCGGACGCUCUUCGCCGAGGACCAGCAGCCCGAGAUCAUCUUCGGGUCCAGCUUCCCGCGGGACCAGGAGUACACGCAGAUCUGCAGGAACAUCAACCGCGUGAAGAUCUGCAUGGAGACGGGCAGGAUGGUGGUGCUGCUCAACCUGCAGAACCUCUACGAGAGCCUCUACGACGCCCUCAACCAGUACUACGUCUACCUCGGGGGCCAGAAGUACGUGGACCUGGGCCUGGGGACCCACCGGGUCAAGUGCCGGGUGCACCCCGACUUCCGCCUCAUCGUCAUCGAGGAGAAGGACGUCGUCUGCCAGCAAUUCCCCAUCCCCCUCAUCAACCGGCUGGAGAAGCACUACCUGGACCUCCACACGGUCCUGGAGACGUGGCAGCGGGACCUCGUGCAGGAGCUCAAGGCCUGGGUGGACCAGUUCGUCGCCGUCAAGGCGGCGCAGGGCCAGGCCCGCUACAGCCCCUCAGACGUCUUCGUCGGCUACCACGCGGACGCCUGUGCCUCGGUGGUGCUCCAGGUCAUCGAGCGCCUUGGGCCCGGGGCCCUGAGCCACGAGUGUUACCAGAAGGUCCUGGAGGACGCCAAGCUGGUGCUGCUGGACUGCGCCACGCCCGACGCCAUCGUCCGACUCAGCGCGUCCGCGCUAGGCCAGUGUGCCGCGCAGGCCCUGUCGCGAGAAUACUAUUCCAGGCAGCAGCACGACUCGUUCGCGGACUUCCUGCAGGCUCACCUCCACGGGCCGGGCCCGGAGCGCCGCCCCGUCUUCACGGAGGUCACCACUUUCUCCAGACUGCUCACCAGCCACGACGGCGAGAUGCUGGGGUCGGAAGUGAACGGCAGGGCCCUGAACCCCACCAUCCUGUCGCUGCAGCAGUUUGACACCGAGCACUCAUUCCUCAAAGAAGUUCGAAACUGCUUGACGAGCACGGCCGCACGGAAGAUCCUCAUCAUCCAGACGGACUUCGAGGACGGCGCCCGCAGUGCGCAGCUCAUCGCCUCGGCUAAGUAUUCUGCCAUCAAUGAAAUCAACAAGAUACAAGGAAAUAAGGCCUGCAUCUUUGUCUAUUUCAUCACGAAGCUGUCCCGGAUGGAAAGUGACGCAUCCUACGUGGGGUUCCAUGGAGGGCUGUGGCGGUCCGUGCACAUCGACGACCUGCGGAGAUCCACGACCAUGGUUGCCGACGUGACACAGCUGCAGGACGUGACCAUCAGCCAGCUGUUUGACCCCCAGUCAGCUGAGGUGGGACGCGAGGCGAGGAGCGAGCAGGAGGAGGCGAUGGAAAUGGACACAGACGAAUCCGGGGCCACGGCCGUGGGGGGCAUGGAGAUGGACCGUCCCGAGGCCCCUAGAGGCCACAGGCCGGCGCUGGACUGCGGCAGCCUCCUGCGCAGCUGCAUCCAGAGCGCGGUGGCCCUGCUGCGGGACCCGGACGGGCACGGCCAGCGCAACGUGCGGCGCGUGGAGAUCCUGCUCGGCCUCCUGGGCGAGGACGCGGGCGACGCGUGCAAAGCCUCCUUCGCGCGGGCGGCCCAGGUGCGUCUCCACGACCUGCUGCAGCGGCAGGAGGAGAGCUGCGUGUUCGGCAGGAAGGACUGGGUGGUGCAGGAGGCCUCCAACCCCGACGCCCUGCAGGAGGCCGGCACCUUCAGGCACACCCUCUGGAAGCGGGUCCAGGGCGCGGUGACCCCUCUGCUGGCCAGCAUGGUGGCCGUCAUCGACAGGGACAGCAACCUGGAGCUGCUGGCCAGGCCCGACGCCCCGGCCUGGGUCCGAGAGCUGUGGAUGUUCAUUUUCAGUGACAUCAACCUGCUGAACAUCCCUCUCGUGACCAACGACGCCAGGUCCAACAGCGACAUGGCCCACAUCCUGGUGCAGAGCCACGCGCACCGCCCGGGGGAGGUCUGCGGCGCCAUCCCGUUCAGCUGGCGGAUCCGCGACUACGUGGAGGAGCUGUGGGUGCAGGCGCAGUACAUCUCGGAGCCCGCAGGACCGGGGCCGGCGGCGAAGCUGGAGGAGAUCUUCCGGCAGACCCCGCUGGGCCACUUCCUGGCCCGGCUGCGUGCAGAGGAGCGGCAGGAGCUGCUGCGGUCCUACCUGAGGGACUUCCUGCUCCUCACCAUGCGGGUGUCCACGUGGCCAGAACUGGAGCUCCUGCAGACGGCCCUUUGGUCCUGCGUCCAGCAGCUGAGGGCCGGCAGCCCCGAGGAGCCCUCCCUCCCGUGGGUGCACCGCGCCUACCAGCACUUCAGGGUCCGGCUCCAGAACUUCUCCAGGAUCCUGACCGUCCACCCCCCAGUUCUAGACAGCCUGGCCGCAGCCGCCCGGAGCCAGAACCUGGCCGGGCCCGAGAUGACCUUGGACGCCUGGGCUGCUGUGGCCUGCACCGAGCUGCUGACCAGGGACCUCCUGAAGCCCAGCCCCCAGGCGUGGCUGCGGGCGGUGAAGAGCCUGGCGGUGCCCCUGGAGCUGCUCUGCUCGGAGGGCUACGUGCAGGGCCCGGCGGGCAGGGCCGGUGGCCUCAUCCACGAGGUCAGGGGCCCGUGGACGCGCAUCUUCUCCGUGGCGCUCUUCGUGGAGCACGUGCUCCUGGGGGUGGAGGACCACUCGCCCGAGCUGCGCGCGCUGGUGACCGACUGCGUCUUCGCUCUGGACAAGUGUCUGCAGGGGAACUCGGACAUCAAGACCCUCCGCCCGUUCUCGGCGGUGAUGGCCACGCUCUGUGAGUGUAAGGACCGGGCCAGCAGGACGUUCAGCCGGUUCGGAAUCCAGCCGUGCCACGUCUGCCUGGGCGACCCGCGCAGCCCCGUCUGCCUGCCCUGCGACCACGUGUUCUGCCUGGACUGCAUCCGGCAGUGGCUCACCGCUGGGCAGAUGGCCUGCCCCCUGUGCCUGACGGAGCUGCCCGACGGCUUCUCCCCCACAGUUUCCCAGGAGACGAGGGGCGCCAUCGAGCAGCACGCCCGCUUCCGCCGCCUGUGCACCAGCUUCUUCGUGGACCUGGUGUCCACCCUGUGCUUCAAGGACAACUGCCCGCCAAGCAAGGACGUGGUCCAGGCGCUGCUGGCCCUGCUCUUCGUGGAGAAGAGGCUGCUCCGAGAUGCGCCCCAGACGCACCGUGAACACACCAAGUCCCUGUCCCCGUUUGACGACGUCGUGGACAAGACGCCCGUCAUCCGCUCUGUGGUCCUGAAGCUGCUCCUGAAGUACAGCUUUCCUGAGGUGAAGGACUACAUCCAGGACUACCUGUCGCUGCUGGAGCGGAAGCCGUUCCUGGCCCAGGACAGGACGGAGCUGUACGUGCUGUUCAGCAGCUGCCUGGAGGAUUCGAUCCACGAGAGGAACAGCGCGCUCCCCGCCCGGGACGAGGCCACGUGCCUCCGGGAGGAGGGCCAGUUCCUCGGAGCGUGUCUGCUCAGGGGGCGCCGCGGGGACCCCGCCCCGGAGGCCUCCGUGGAGUGCCUGCAGGAGACGGCCCAGAUCCGCCUCUGCCUGGACCGGGCCUGCGAGGUCCUCUCCGAGCCGCAGGGAGGCUCAGAGCCGGCCGAGGCGCGGCGGCAGUUCCUGCGGCAGGUGGAGCGCUUCUGCACGCAGAGCGGGAACGACUGGCACCGCGUGUACCUGGUGCGCAGGCUCGCCAGCCGCCGGGGCAUGGAGUUUGUGCAGAGCUUCCUGCAGCCCGGCCACCCCGCCCAGUGGGUGUUCCCCCCGGAGGUCCUGGUGCAGCAGGAGGACCUUCCGGGCCAGAUGGACCGCUACCUGGUGCACGGGCUGGAGUACAAGGCCGUCCGCGACGCAGUGGGCAAGGCCGUCCUGGAGUGCAAGCCCCCGGCCAUCGCAGCCGCCCUGGAGGCCUGCAGGGGCUCCCAAACUCACCAGGCCGCGUACCUGCUGCUGGCGCUCUUCCGCGAGGUGGCCGUGCUGUACCGGUCCCGCAGCGCCCACCUGCACCCCAAGCCGGAGCAAUGCAACGCCCUGUGCAAGUUCAUCGAAGAAAGCCAGACCCUGUCCCCGGACGCAAGAGAGUUCGCCACAGCCCUAGUGACCAACGCUCUGCCGCUGCUGAGGACGGCGGGGCCCGGAGACGGCGGCCUGGCGGGCACGGUGACCGAGCUGGCCGUCCACGCCGCUGUCACCCUCCUCUGCGGGCAGCACGGGAUCUUGGAGCCCCUGAGGAACUUGGCCUUCUCCCCGGCCACCAUGGCGAGGGCGUUCCUCCCGACGAUGCCUGAGGACAUGCUGGCGCAGGCCCGGGGCUGGAAGGGGCUGGAAGCCGUCCGCUGGUACGUCUGUCCCAGAGGCCACCCGUGCGCUGUCGGGGAGUGCGGCCUGCCCAUGCAGCAGAGCGUCUGCGUCGACUGCGGCGUGCCCGUAGGAGGGCAGGACCACAAGCCCAGCCGAGGAUUCGCGGUUGUCCAAAAUGAGGCGGACAGAACGCAGACGGGCCACGUGCUGGGAAGCCCGCCCCCCGGGGACGAGGCCGUGGCCUCUGACCGAGACCUGUCCCCUGCGGCCUUCCUUCUCGCCCGGCUCCUCACUCACCUGGCGAUGCUUUGGGGAGCGGCCCUCAGCCCCCAGGCGCUGACCGGCAUCAUCAAGCCCGCGGUGAGGGACCCAGGCGCCUUCCUGCAGCAGCACAUCCAGCGGGACCUGCAGCAGCUGAUGCGGACGCUGGGCAAGAGCGCGGACGACACGGCCCAGGUGGUGCACCUGGUGCUGUGCGUGCUGCUCAGAGAGCAGAACCCCCUCUCCGGCCAGAGGUCUUUCAGCUUCGAUGCCGUCUUGUCAACCAAGCAGAAGAGAAACUCCUGGGAGAAGCUCCUGCAGGCCCUCCUGCUGCCCGAACUGGAGCGUCUGGACAAAACCCUCCUGGAGGUGAACGAUCGCAUCAGCCGGGACGAGCGCAUCAGCUCCGACCCGGUGGCCAGGAUCGUGCUGGGGGACCCGGCCGCCUUCCUGCGCCGCCUGCCCCGGGCCAGCGCCCUGCACUGCUCGCGGGUGUGGAGCUGCCGCGCCCGCGUCACCGUGGAGCACCUGCGGCACCUGGUGGAGCAGAAGAACGGCCGGGAGAGCCUGCCUGUGCUCUGGAGGUUCCUGCAGAAGGAGGCAGAGCUGAGACUCGUGAAGUUCUUGCCUGAGAUCCUGGCCCUGCAGAGAGAUCUGGUGAAAUGGUUCCAGAAUGUUCCGGAAGCUGAGUUCCAGUCCAUCCGCGGCUUCAUUGACAGCCACGGCUCAGGAGGCCUGAAGCAGCUGCUCCGCGGCCGGGUCUCGCUGUUCCUGUCCACGUGGAACAAGCUGCGGAGGUCGCUGGAGACCCAGGGCGAGAUCAAGCUGCCUGCGGACUACUGCCGCGCCGACCUGGACCUGGACGCCGAGUUCGAGGUCAUCCUGCCGCGGCGCCAGGGCCUGGGCCUCUGCGCCACGGCCCUGGUCAGCUACCUCAUCGGCCUGCACAACGACAUGGUCUACGCGGCGCAGAAGCUCUCGGAGGAGGAGCACAGCUACUCCGUGGACGCCUCCGAGGUGGCCGACCUGCACGUCAUCAGCUACGAGGUGGAGCGGGACCUGAUGCCGCUGAUCCUCGCCAACUGCCAGUACCAAGUGGUGCAGGGCGGCGAGAGCCUGCAGGAGCUGGACCUGGAGCGGAUCCAGCGCCAGGUCACCGGCCGCUUCCUCCAGGGCAAACCCCGCCUCAGCCUCAGGGGCCUCCCCACGCUGGUGUACCGGCGCGACUGGAACUACGAGCACCUCUUCGCCGCCAUCCGGAGCAGGGUGCCCCAGAGCCCCCUCCCCCACGCGGCCGCCAGCACCCUGGGCGGGCAGCUGCAGUCCUACAGCGAUGCCUGCGAAGCUCUGUCCCUCGUGGAAGUCACGCUGGGGUUUCUGAGCACAGCGGGCGAGGACCCGGACAUGGACCUGAACGUGUACCUGCAGGACAAGCUGCGCAUGGGUGACCAGACCGAGCAGGUGGUCAAGGCCCUGCACCUGCACCCGUGUCGGCUCCGCCACGUCAUCGCGCUCUGGCAGCUCCUCUCUGCUCACAAGUCUGAGCAGCUGCUGCGCCUGCGGAAAGAGCCCUUCAGGGAGAUCGGCACCAAGUACCGCGUGGCGCUCAGCCCGGGAGGCACCAAGCUCCUGCGCGCGUUCCUGAAGCAGAGCUGCCUGGAUGUCUUCCUCCUAGAGCUCCACGAAAUGAUCCUCUUGAAACUGAAGCCCCCCCACACCGACUUCAACCCCGACUGGAGCCUGAGAGAAACUCUAGUGAGUUACAUGGAGACGAAAGAAGUUGACAUUCCCCCCGAGAUGGAGGGUCAGUUCCCGGAGGAGAUACUGCUCUGCCACUGCGUCUCUGCGUGGAAAACGGCGGCCUUGCUGAAGCGGGCACGACAGGCGAGAUAGAGCCGCUCCCUCUGCAAAGCUGCUCCCCCCACAGAGCUGCUCCCUCUGCAGAGCUGCUCCCCCCACAGAGCUGCUCCCUCUGCAGAGCUGCUCCCCCCACAGAGCUGCUCCUUCUGCAGAGCUGCUCCCCCCACAGAGCUGCUCCCGCUCCAGAGCUGCUCCCCCCACAGAGCUGCUCCCUCCGGCUGGGACUGCAGCCUUGGGACCAGCGUGUGCUCCGCACUCUCCAGGUGGUGACCACGGGUCCCGGGAGGUGGACACCAAACAGGCCACGGUGCUCACGGUCCAGGGGAGCAGAUGGGAACUGUGUGCCUCGGGCCUCCAGCCCCUCUUUCUCGGGCCACGUGGUCAGAGGGGGCAGGGCUACAGUUUUUCCUUUUAUUUCUUGUAACAUGCUCUGCUCUCGGGAAGAGCGGCGUCCUUCUCCCUCCCCCCUUCGCACUGAGAGUGGCAGCCUCUCCUCGGCUCCCGGGAGCAGAAGGUGCCAGGGCGUCCUGGCGUCACGGACCUUGGGGCCAAACCAACAGGACCUGGCGCGGCCCGGCCUGAGCCCCACCCCCACCCCCACCCCCAGCCCGGGUCGGAGCACUGGACGCAGCCCCACGCUCUCAGGGGCUCGGCCUCCUCACCUGCCAGAGGAAGGAGCCGGACCGGCGGCCGGGCUUCCUCCGCAUCUGGGCUUUUGAAACGGAACGAACGGGUGUCGGUGCCGAUGUGGGUCCGGGCGCAGCCUGGCACCGCUGGGGACGCAUGGCCCGGCGUUCGCCCAUCAGCGGAUCCUGUGUGACCUCAAGGUCCCUGCGGUCUCCGCCGAGGCACAAACAGACUCAGGGAGGACACGAGGCCAGGAAGCUUCCAGAAAAGAACCCGGGAGUCUGGUCCCAGCCCUGCCCUCGUCCUGCUGUAGCUGGACGUGAGGUGCCAGGGCCUCUCUGGACUAGUUCCCACUCCUGGGGGCCCGGCACCCACGGCCACGGCCACGGCCAGACAACUCAGGGAAAGGCCUUCGUGCACAUUCCAAGCGAGGGGGGCCUGUGGUGGUGAGAGCUACACAGAGAGCCAGAGCGGGACCGCCCUCAGCCCCACCCCCGGGGCUGCAGACGCCGCCCGGCCACCAAGUGCUUGGUGAGCGGGCAGUGGCCCAGCCGCACUCCUUCGCCUGAGGCGCUGGCCGCCUGCACUCGGCCCUCCGAUCCUACAAUCACUCCCGACCGUGCAAAGGCACCCCCAUGCCAUCCGCACCCUGGGGUGCACGUCAGUCAGGGAAGGGGUGGCUUGCUCGGCCCUUUGCCUUGCACUUGGAACUCCCAGGAUCCUCAGGGCUAGGGUGACGCCGCCACGGUGGCCAUCAACGCCACUCGGGCUCCUUGUGGUGCCACGCGGGGCCAAAGGCCCUUCUUCCUUUUGGGGGGUGUGGGGGGCGGGGCGGAGUGAAGGUUCGCCCCGCUUUUAUGAGGGGUUUUAUGAAGACUUUUGUACGCGAUGCUUUCAAAGCCUUAACUGCCAUUGUCCAGCAUUGUCUUCUUUGCCUCAAAAUACACUGGCCGAGCACACACACAUGCAAGUUCUGUUACAGCCGUUACACCUGUUUAAUAAACUUGCAUUUUGAUCAA